AGUAAAGUAAACAUGGGUCGACGUGGUCGUUGACUCUGAAAUCACCACUCAUUUGCUACCUCCUUGGCUUUGCUUUGACUUCAUUCUCUGUUCGCCAAAUCGCAAUGCCCUCACAGUUCUCCACCGCACUCAGCCUCACCACAAUCUCAAUUUCUUCCUCUUCAAGUGAUAGACACCAACAUAAUUCUGUCAUUUCGGCUGCAACCCAGAAUUGAAUUGGUUGUGAUGGGGGGUCAGUCCAGCAAAAUGACUACUAGCACUGAGGUUCCAACACCCAUCCAAAUGGGUACACAUUCUCUGUAUGCUGCUGAUUUGAGCUAUUAUGAAGCUGCAUGUGUUGAGGAUCCAAACUUGCAAUCCUUCGACGCUACCAUUCAGGAGCGAACCAAUAGGGUGAUAAGCUCUCUUGCUAGUGGGGUUGAGGUUCAUUCCAUAUCUAUUGACUCACUAGGAGAAGUCACUGGUAGUCUUCUUGAAAUGAACCAGGAAGUUGUCAAGGUCAUUCUCGAGUGCAAGCAAGAUAUAUGGAACAAGAAGGACCGGGAUUUAUUCUCCUUGGUGGAUGAUUUUUUUGAGAACAGUCUUCAGACAUUGGAGUUCUGCAAUGCUCUUGAGAAAUGCUUGAAACGAGCGCGUGAAAAACUGGUUAUUGUUAAGUCUGCAAUGACUUAUUUUGAGGACGAGGCGCAGAAUGAGGUUGGAGGGUCAACUUAUGUAAAGACAUUGCAAGGGCUUAAGGAUUUCAAGGAAGCUGGGGACCCUUUUACUGAAGAGUUUUAUUCCUUGUUUCAAUCAGUGUUUGCACAACAGGUAUCAAUGCUGAAGAAAUUGCAAUCUAGAAAGCACAAGCUUGAUAAGAAGUUGAAAUCCCUCAAGACAUUGAAGAGGGUGUCAAGUGUCAUUUUCGUGGCUGCUUUUGUCUCUGUGUUGAUUUUCUCAGUGGUGGCAGCUGCAAUUGCUGCACCACCUGUGAUAACGGCUCUGGCUGGUGCGUUGGCUGUUCCGAUAGGCUCAGUGGGAAAAUGGUGUAACUCACUCUUUAAGAAAUAUGAGACAGCUCUGAAGGGCCAACGAGAAGUAAUCAAUUCAAUGCAGGUUGGUACUUACAUUCAAUUGGUGGACUUGAAAAACAUCCGGGUUCGAAUCGAGCAAUUGGAAAUAAAGAUGGAAUCCAUGUUGCAAAAUGCUGAUUUUGCUCUUACAAAUGAGGAUGGUGUAAGGUUUGCAAUUGAUGAGAUUAAGAAGAAAAUAGAAACUUUUGCGGAUAUCAUUGAUUCUUUGAGUGAGCAAGCUGAUCAAUGUAGUCGUCAGACAAGGAAAGCAAGGACAGUGGUUAUACAAAAGAUUAUUAAAUAUUCUGGUUGACAACAGCUAUGUAUUGAUUAAUUUCUCUAGCUGCUGUCUACUUGUACUCCUACUAUAAGGUAAGUACUUAUUAAACACCCGGCUUAUAACUGCAUGAUUUUGAAGAAAUAUGAAAAUAUUAACUUGUGCA